UUUUAGAGAACAAACGCCCUAAUCAAAAGUCGGCGGAUAGAAAUCGGCUAAAAGGGUCGGGCGCAGUUAACGAUUCCGCUGUUCUCGCGCGCUAUUUUCCAACAGAUUUACAGUGAGAGGGGAAAAAAAAUAUAAGUUUCACAAACAAGAGGCGGCCGAUCUGAGAACUGACGCGGGGGGACGGAUUUUAUGAAGUAAACACGCGUCUGUUUGCCGCCCGGGGACUUUAUAUUUUCUUUAGUUUAGUGUGUUGUGAAGGGAGGCCUGAGGCCUAGGCGGCGAGUAGGCCGCUGCCGGCACCGCUGGGCAGGCAGAGCGGAGCUGAGAGUAGCCCGGCCCGGGUAGAGCACACUGAGGGACAUGGCGGCUAAUUUCGACGCCCAGAAGCAAGAGAGUUGGUACUUCGGUCCCAUGAGGCGGGACCAAGCCGUGUCUCUGCUGAUGGGCCAAAAGCACGGCACUUUCCUGGUGAGGGACAGUCGCACCAUCCCAGGGGACUACGUGCUGAGUGUCAGCGAGAACUCGAAGGUGUCGCAUUAUAUCAUCAACAGCCGGCAGCAGCAAGGCCCAGGCCCCGGGCCCGGGCGCUACCGCAUUGGCGACCAGGAGUUCGAGAAUUUGCACGGCCUGCUGGAGUUCUACAAGAUCCAUUACCUGGACACCACCACCCUGCUGGAGCCUGUCCACAGGCCCAACGCCGCCUACAUCCCCACCAACAGCGUCCCGUCUGAGGAGGCCCACUUUGUCCGCGCCCUCUUCGACUUCCCCGGCAACGACGAGGAGGACCUGCCGUUCCGCAAGGGCGACGUGCUCCGCAUCCUGGACAAGCCCGAGGAUCAGUGGUGGAACGCGCAGAACAGCGAAGGCCGCUGCGGCAUGAUCCCCGUGCCUUACGUGGAGAAAUGCCGGCCCAGCUCGCUGCUCGGCCCGGCUAACAGCCCGGAGGGCGGCCAGGCGUUAGCGGCCCAGCACCAGCCCUCGCCGGGGGUUGGCGGAGUUGGGCAGCCUGAGUUCGGGCCCUAUGCCCAGCCUAGUGUCAGUGCCUCGCUGCCCAACCUCCAGAACGGGCCGGUGUAUGCCCGGGCCUUCCAGAAGCGUGUCCCCAAUGCCUAUGAUAAGACGGCCCUGGCUCUGGAGGUUGGUGACUUAGUGAAGGUGACCAAGAUCAAUGUGAAUGGCCAAUGGGAAGGAGAGUGCAAUGGUAAACACGGUCACUUCCCUUUCACCCAUGUUCGACUCCUGGAUCAACAGAACCCUGAGGAGGACCUAAGCUGAGUGCGUUUAUUUUUUAAAAACAAUGAUUUGAGUUACAAAUGGGAACAAGUUUUUCUCUAGUUCAUUUUUCUCCCCUGAUGACUUUGGCCCUUCUGACGUUUACAGUAACCCAGUAAGAUCACACCUGGCUCAACUGAAAUGCUCUGAGUCUGCAGCCUGCGGAUCCUGAUGAAGAACUGUGCUGGUAUAUGCUUUAAUGUCACUUCACAUCUGACUUAAUAAUUUUGUUCAUCAGUACUUGUGUUUAUGGCACACAAUGUGCUGUACAGCUUUCUUGGUAUCUCUCCUGCCCCAGAGCAGCCAGUUAGAGAGCUGGCCUCACUCUAGUUGACACUAAUUGAUGUACACACAAGUAUUGAUUGGUUAGUGUAGGUGGAUGUGUGAGAAUAUGUUCAAAAACAAUGCUCCUCAGUGGCCAAGUGAAUAAUAAAACCCCUUUUUAUUUUUGCAGUACCAAACUGUUCAGACCAGAGGCUGUCUGGUUGCAUCCUUGUUCUGCAUUGAGUUAGCAGAGAUUCUAUAAUAGCCCUGAACCAGAGGAUUAGGUGUAAAGAGAGCUUAUUAUCCUGUUACCCUGAUCCAAGUAGCAUAUGUGGACUUGAACAGGGACAGGAUUCACGUCUACUGUGAUGCUGUCUGAGGUUGAACAGCCUGCUAAUGCUAUACAGGACAAAUGCCCAUUUUGCGUUGGGGACUGCUGCAGUGAAACAGUUCCCCAUCAACAGCCUUAGAGGGGCUCAAGUUUAAUCAUCCUGUUUGUUACAUGUCCUCACACGUUAUCUUUACCGUUUAUUGUACAUACUAAACACUACUGAUUGGGAGAAUAUCUUGCUAAUUUUGGAUGAUUUCAGGUACUUUAAUAAGCAAAUGAAUAUGUUCUACAAUUUUAACACAUGUUAAGACACUACAUUUGUCUGGGCCACUGACCUGUCCAGACUACAGCUGUACAAUGCAUGAAAACAACUCUAGUCGUCUUUUGUUUUGGAGAACUCAAAUCACAGAAAUGGUGCUUUUACAGGCUCACCAUGAGGCCAAGUCUAAUGUCAAAUGAAAUGCUACUUUCUCCAGUUGCAGCCUUCGCCCAGACCUCAAUUUGACAAAAAUUAAAUUCUGAAAUUGUCACUUCUUUAUAAGAAAUGUAAACACAUUUUAAGUGCUGUCAUGUCUGGGAGAGCAGCAAAAUGAAACACUAAGUACAGCAGAUAACGCUAAAUGUGGAGAGGGUCAACAAGUUUUUCAGCCAUGAGUUUUCUACAAAUAAUAAUGUAGAAACUGUCCACCAAGAGCAGUGAAUUUCAAGUUUGUGCUUGAGCUCCUUGCUGGAUAUGUGCCUGAUGUUUAGAUACACUUGAACAUUGACGUUGCAGGACAGUUUUUGAAUGAUGAAAGUGCUUUCCAGAUCUAUAACUUAGAACUGUUUGGGAUCCAAAUGCCUUGUCUUCCCAUCCUUGGUGUGAAUAAAAUUACAUUACUCUUCUGAAACAAGUACAAUUUCUACAUGAUAGUACAUCAUGAUAGUACAGGAAGAUAUAAAGAAAAGCUAAAUACUGAGCAUUCGUCUGAACUGACUGGGUAUUUAAUGUCUUACUGAUGUUAGGUUAACAUACAGCAUAGUCAAAUAUCAUUUUAGCAGUUUUGUGCUCUAAUUUCCAAAGCAUUUGUUUUCCGUGAGUGCAGUUCUCAAAUGAUUUUUUUUUAUCUGACUUUAAAUUCUCUUGUUUUAAUUUCAGAUUGUGUAAUAAUUUUUUUUCCUCUUUCUUUUUCCUCUGUGACAUAGAACUGUAACAACAUCAGGACAUGGAUGUUUCAGUGGCUUAUAGAAUGUACCAUGGAGAAAUAGUGUGUGGGUGGGAUCAGGAUUGGCUGCUUUCAGAGUUGGGACCCCUCUGAAAGGCUUCGUGUUAAUUGAAGGGGUGGGAGACACCAUCCAUUUCAAUAGCAUCUGGCUAGCAACCAAUUUUUUAAAAAUCUAAUUUCAGUUAUUGCUAUUUUAAAUCCUAUCCUUCUGGUAUCCUUGAAGCAAUUGGAUCUCUGCUAUCCUUGAAGAUGUUUUGAUUCUGUUUGCAGCUGUAGUUUACCUAUGUCUUUGUCAAUUGUGCUAGGAGUUAAAUUUAAUUCAAGCUACCUGUGGAGAUUACCAAUGAGAAGUUGAACAAGAAUUUAACAUAUAUUGUAUCUCAUGUCUACUAUUAAUUUUUUGCCUCACAUCCCAUCACUUGGACUCAGUGGUGUUGAGAAAUUUCAGUUUCUUCAUUUCCAGAAGCCAUACAGAUCUGUAACAAAGCUUAAAGCAUUAGUCAGAAAAAUUAGAGCUACAAAAAGGGUGGCACUGAUUUUUAACUGAUGUAACGAAUGUUUAUCGUAUUGCCCACAAAAUGUAUUUGAUUUGGAUUUUUAUUUUAAAACCCCUUUUAUACGAAAGACUGACAUAAACUUGUGUUGAGGGGGUGGCUGGAUGACAUCUUGCUAUUCUUCAAGUUCUCUAACCUCUGUAUGCACUCUGGAAUAUAAAGGAAAGCUGAAUACCAAUUUAUAAAAUGACCCUUUCUGAAGUCCUUGAGACAUUGUUGAAAUUGAAGUCAGUUGGUGCUUAACAAGUGUAGUGACUUCCUAAUGUUCCUAAAAUAACUUGUUAUGCUGUUUUAAAAAUCAAUGGACAGCGGAACAGGAGGAGUAGUAUGCACCUGUUGGAGUAAAGUUGGCCAUCAGGGAACAACAAAGAUCGCAUUUGCUGCUGAAGCAAAGGAGAAUUUCUGGAUAAAACCUUACACCAAUGGAUGUAGAGCCAAACACUAAUCACUUUUAUUGGCUUCUUGCCUCAUGAAUAAAUAACUCUUUGCUCAACACUGUUGAUUAAUGUGGACUUUGAUUCCUGAUGGUUGCUCUGCUCAUCCCAGCUGUAAUAAUGGAUCUGUGCCAAUCAGUAUUUUAAUGUGUAUUAAUUGGUCAUGGUCUUUUGGCACAAUCUCAAUCAUGUCAUGAUUAAGCUUUCGCUCCAAAUUAAUGUAUUUGUCUCGCAACACUAGUGUGAAUAGUAUAUAGCAUUUGAUAGUUGAGUAAGGAUGUUGAAGCUUUGUCUGUGUGAUGGGAGGUGAUGAUCUCUUGAGCUGGGUCUCUGAGCUUGAUGCAGUUUUUUCUGUGCCACUCUGUUUGCUAUGACAUUGCUUCAGUUGCCAUUCAGCAAUUUUUGUGCCAAUUGAAGUUUUUUUUAUCCAGUCCUAUUAUAGGCGCUAUUCGUACAGCAAUCUCUUUAAACCAAUCAUCUUCUGUGCUGCUUCUGAAUCACUAAAACUCAGUUCUGUACUGAACUGUGCAUGUGUACAAUAACUAGCACAAGUGGGAUGGGACCUGCUGAACCCACUAUAAAAAGUUGCCAAACCAUUGGAGCCUCAAUUCCAAUAACCUUUUCUAACCUUCCUUGUCCUUUAAUGUACUUUUGGGGCAAAGAAGUAGCACAGACACCUGGAUUUCAGUUUUAUAAAACAUAUUGCCUCUGUGUAGUCGCUGACACUCUCCAUCCCUUCACUUGCCCAGUUACUUGUUAAGCCCAGCACAAUUUCCUGCUACUUGUCAUGGGUCCUUCUGGGGCCAGAGGGAAGAUGUUCAGAAUGAUCCUGAGAUUAAUGAAGGUGUGAACUUGAUGUACUAAGCUGCUCUUCACACUAGUUGCUAUUACCCUAAUAGUGCCUUUUAAAAUAUCUUUGUGAUUUUACUGAGUCCAAUUAACCCAAUCCAUUUUAACAGUUGAAGUUGCUGGCUGUUGUGUUAAACCAGCUGCUGGUUUAACUGUCUGUGGGCUGAUCCUUUCUUUUCUUGGAACAAAGAAUCUAUAUUCAGGAUUAUCCAACAAUUUUCUUUAAAUUCAGGACUAAAGGAUAACAAUAGUGCUUUGCUUUGUACUGGGGCAGCUAUCAAAGAAUAGUAGCAGCAACUAGUCACUACACAACCCAUCCAGUUGUGUAGCAAUGGAGAUAUUUCAGCGCAUUUUCCAUUUCUUCCAGUGCUGGCUUUGCUGCCAUAGUGUCUAUCACAUUUAGGCUUUUUUUAAUGGUCAGGAUUUUCUGUUUACUACUUAGUUGGCCUCAGAUUGUCAAACAUAAUCUGAAACCCUGUCCUCUGGUGCAGUGGGCUGCUGCAGGAUUCUCGCGUUAUCUUGUUAAGCUCCUUCUCACCUAAUGAACUUAAUUUGCCACAUGUCUGUGGCCAAUUUGCCAGAUGUGGCAAGUGAAUUAGACAACUCUAGACCACUAUCUGCCUCCGUUUUAUUGAUGUGGGGUAUGGGAAGCUGAGAUAUUUUAUCUCUGCACUACACUGCACCUGCCCAUCCAUUAAUCUGUUUGUAUCCUAAACUUUUAAUUAGUUUAGCUGUUAUAUAGUAUUUAAGAAAAUCUGCACUUUUGUGUCAGUCUAGUGUUUAAAAGUGAAUUAUGGGCUUGUAAAAGUUUUUGGAUUUAUCCUGUCUCAUGUUGUCACCACUGCAAACAAUGUUUGGAAAAUGGGACAGCUGUUCAUUGUUAACUCAUUUUUUUGUCAGCCAGUACAUGUGACUUUAGCAGCAAUGGAACUUGAUACUUUAAAUCUUGAAAUAACCAACUAGUGGCUACAAGAGUGUUUAUUUUCUAGCAGUGGAAUAUCUUCUAAAUCUCACUGGUGCUAACAGUAAGCAGUACUAUUGUAAGUGCAGUAUUAACUGUUUCUGUGCAUCAGACUACAUGCUCGUUAUUGGUAGUAAACAUCUUUUUUAUAAACAGUUCUCAUCAGUCAGUCCCUGAAGAUUUGAUAUUAAACCCCUUCCUAGUUGCAAAAGCCUCAGACUAGCUCGCUGUAGAGAGGGAUGUCGAAGAAAGCACUUUGUGUUGUUAUAUACUUGAGCGAAUCAGUGUUAGCAGUCAUUGCUCAGGCUAAUUUACUUGAGACUAUGCAGUAACAUGACCCUAUUGGAACAGUUGUACUGCAAGUUGGCAGAGUCAAAGUGUAACUGAGUCCAGUGGACCUGAAAUGUCUGGAGAUUGCAUAUGCAGGUUCCUCCCAUUUGCUAUUGGAAUGAUAAAAUUCACUGUUCUUUGCCUUUAACAAAAGGCUGGAUUUGCAUAAGUCAAAUGACAUGACAUCUGUGAAGAAAACAUGAGUUGAUGCUUUGGGUUGGGUGGCAUUAACACUCUUCCUCCCCAGUAUGUGUGGUAGCAGUCCUUUGUCUUCAGAACAAAUCUAAUUUGAUCACACUUUUUAAGAAUUGAACCCUCGUGCACAGACUCACUGUGAUAAGCUGAUGCUCAAUUUUAAUAGAAUUGGCUCUUUUGCAUGGACAUAACAAUACAUUUUAUCCCAACCAAUCUAUUCUGUCAUUCAUUCCACUGGAUUCAUAUGUCCUGAUGAGACUGGUUUAUUCACUGGGAAAUGAGCUAUGGCUGCCAGUUGAAAGAUCUGCCCUACCAUGCUGUGGAUGAAGAAAUAAAACUGUAGUUCUGCUAACUGGAAGCAGAAUACUGCAAAUGCUGGAAAUCAGAAAUCCAAGAAAAAAAUUCUGGGUAGGUUUUAGGCCAAUCAGUGUGCGCAUAGAGCGAAACGAGUCAAAGUUUCAGGUCUGAGACUUUAUAUCAGAACGUUUUGGUUAAAGGGUACAGAUCUGAAACAUUAUCUUUCAAUAGAAGCUGCUGGAAAUGUUGAGCUUCUCCCACCAUUUUCUGUAUUUAUUUGAAAGUUCCUGAUUGCACAACAAUUGAAGUUUCAACAAGGAUGUUAAGUGAUAUGUAGUUGAUCCUGUGCACCAUUGCGUCCAACCCCCCCCCUCCCCCAAAUAAAGCAAAUGUCUUUGCAUAGAGUACCAAGGCUCCCAAGGAUCGUGUAUGGUGGCUGGGCACUGUAAAUGAAUUCAAACCAAAUGAUCUGCAUUUUCAAGUAUGAGGGAGUUGGAGCAAAUUCUGCAACAACAAAGACUGACUGUCUCUGUCUCUGUGUUGCAGCAACGUGUGGCUUCAGGUCACUUGGCAAAGACAUGCAAGGGGAAUAUUUCAGAAUUUUGUACAUGCAAGAUCUUGCUCCUGGCAGAUAAGCUGAAACUGUCUUGCCUAUAACAGUUUGAUGUAAUAAGGUUUCAGGGCAACUGAUUGGAACAGAAUAGAAUUCUUCACUGAUUUUUUUAAAAUCAUUUACAUAUGAAAAUUAAGCAGAGGCUUGGCUGCUGUGUGAAUUGGAGAUUCCCUAGAUAUUCAAUAUAAUAGUCAGGUCAUCCUUUUGAAACACCUCCCCAGAGAUUAACUGUAGCCCCAUGUCAUGAAAUUGUUUUGUUUUUGGAGGGAGGUUGGGAGACAGGAUUUGAACAGUUUUUUUGGUCUAAUAGACUAUAUACCAAUUUAUAAAGGAUGUAUGGAUGGAGAAGCAUUCAUCUUAGUUACACUGUAAUCUUUCAUUUUGAAGUUUGACCAAGUGGUUGUAACCCGUCAAUUUGAGGACUUGAGGAUGCAGAUGUCUUGAGCAAAGGCAACUAACUUUUCUGUUCCUGAAGACGUUUGUUAUCUUGGUGAGAUUGGAUGCUUGCAGCAGUUGAAAUGAGUUCAUGAUUACAAACUCCACCACAUUUCUCAAAUUUCAAAUAUUUAAAUACCUGGCUAACACACUUGGAAAAAGCGUGGUAAGUUGCCGGUGUAUGUGCAGUUGUACUCCAGCCUGCUGUCUGUACUAAAAUGAGUAAAAAUUGAAAUGAAUGUAGGUAGUGAUGGCUUUUUCUGGUGGGCUGAAGUAAUGUGAAAAGUGCAAUGUGAUGGGUCAAGCCAAACUAAAGCCAGACCAGAGAUCCUGGUAAUUUGAUACGGAGAUAGUAGGAACUGCCAACACUGGAAAAUCUGAGAUAACAUGGUGUGAAGCUGGAUGAACACAGCAGGCUGAGCAGGAAAGUUUGACGUUUCGGGUUGGGACCUUUCUUCAGAAAUGGGUCUUCUGAAGAAGGGUCACAACCUGAAACAUCAAACUUUCCUGCUCCUGAGAUGCUGCUUGGCCUGCUGUGUUCGUCCAGCUUCACACUGUGGUAUCCUGGUAACUUGACCUUUUUUUUCCCUCAGUCUAGUUGCCUGACACUCCCAAUGUCCCUUUUAAAAGGGACUGAUUUUUAUGCCCUUUUCAGGGAACGAUAUCUGGAAUCCUUACCUGGUCUGGCUGCCAUGUGAUUCGGACUCUCAGCAGUGUGAUUGACUCUUAACUGCCCUCUGAAAUAGCAAGCUGCUCAGCUCAAGGACAACUUGGGAUGAGCAACAAAUACUGAGCUUGCCUGCAGCACCAUGUCCCAUGCAAGAAUAAAAGUCCAGACACUUUUUUUUUCCUAAAAGAAAAAGUAGGCCUUGAUUCUCUGUCCUGUUGUGUUCAGGACUGACCCGUGUGUUGGGGUUCUGACUGGUCCUGGGCCUAGACCAUCCAUCCAAGUGUGACUUGGUGAGUGGUUACGGGAUGCAGGAAGAAAAGCAACACAGUUUGUGACGUUUCUUCUCAAAGGCAGAGAUUGAAAGUGGGGGGCUCUGGAUAUUUUCUGGGGAAAGAGUUUGAUUUCUGACUGGUUUAGCCCUUCUUUUUCCGAUAUAUUAAAUGGGGAAAGCUGAAUCCAUACCCACUGUUUAAUACUGCUCUCCCUCAGUAAAUGUCAAUCAAUGUUUUAAAAUUCUUAUUUUUGUAUCUGUACUUGUACCCUUGUUAAUCAGUUUGGGGUAAUUCUGGGUUGUUACUGUGGAGAUAUUAAUUCAUUGUGUUAAUAUGAAAAGGUGUCAUCUACAACACUAUAUCCUCCAUGACAAUUAAAAUCCAGCUUUAUUUUCUGUAGCAUGUACUGUAUUGUAUGUUUAUUAUACUUAGCGAAUAAAAUCACUUGAGAAAUGA